AUGAAGAUAUAUCAAUCAUCGGCAGACUACACUGGUUACUCAUUUCCUACAGUGUCCCUCGCCUACUUCCUCCGCUAUCCUAAUCCAAAAGCUCCUCACGUACUCUCUACGGACGUCCUCUCUCAGCAUGUCGAUCCGUCUACGCACAGACUACACACAGUUCGUCUGCAUCUGAAAAAGAGUAAAGUUCCAGCAGGGAUACUUAAGUUCCUCCCGCAGACAAUGAGCGGACCAGAUGGCACCUCACAGACCUAUAUCUUGGAGAAGAGUAUAAUUGAUAUCAAGGAAGGCUGGAUGGAGACUGAGUCCAGAAACAUGGAAUGGACAGGCGUUCUGUCCGUCGUCGAGAAACAACUAUAUCGGGACAAUUCACGUUUCAGCUUGCAAAAGCUACCAGGCACGAGCUGUGAGACUACCGUUACCUUCGUUUCCAAGUUGGGGGAAAACAUCAGGAAGAGACGCAUGGCCGCACAACCAUCUGACGCCGCACCUCAAGAGGUUGAAGAGGAGCAACCGAAGCAAAGCUGGUUCGCAUCAUGGUCCACCGCUGGUAUCCAGCGAACAAUCGAGCUUGUAGGUGUUAAAAGGACACAUACCGCUGCCGUGAACAGCGCCGAAGGCAUGAAAAUCGUGCUCGAACGGUUACGGAACGGCGGCAUCAAGGGAGUCCUCGAGGGCAUGCGUCAUGAUAGAAUGGUGUUAAUGGGCGGGUCGAUGCCAGGUGUCGACCAGUACGAUCACGCGAACCACUCAUGGCAAUCUGUCUGGCAGAAAGGCCAGCAGUCACGGCCAGAGCAUAAAGACGAGGACGAGUAUUAA